GUGCUAUUGUAUUUGUUGAGCCAUUUGUUUAUCUGACCUGUAAUCAUCCUUAGUAAUACUCACAGUAACAUAAACUGUCAGGCUUUGAAAGUGAGGAGGGGACAUAUAUGGAGAGGCAUGACAGACGAUAAAGUCCAUCUACACUGGAACCUCCAAGACACGGGCGUAGAGCUGGAAAGUUCGUGCCGCUUGUGUGCAGUUGUUCUUCAAAGUGUUCAAAAGGUAUCAUUUCAACAGACCAGUCUGAAUAUGUCCUGUAGGAAAGCUGUUACAAGUGCUUCAAGCAACUUUUCCCUGCAGUCCCUCAGGCAUUUGUUGAUACUCUCCUCUCUGUGUUAUCUUAUUUCUGGAUUCUCUGAGAGAGAUAGAGCCCAUCACUUGAUGACCACAUAUCCUCUUAUUGAUGGUCAUAACGACCUUGCUCUCCAGCUGAGGAUACAUCACAACAAUCGCCUGAGUCAGAUUGAUCUUCAUGAUGUCAGCAAACUGGCCACAGACAUCACACGUCUCCAAGCUGGCCAUGUACAGGCGCAGAUGUUUGCAGUCUAUGUGAUGUGUGGGGCCCAGGAGAAGGAUGCUGUGAGGCUGACCCUGGAACAGAUAGAUGUGAUCAGACGCAUGUGCACCAAGUACCAGGAGUUUGAGCUGGUCACAUCUGCCCAGGAACUGAAGAAUUCCAAGAAGAUAGCAUGUCUAAUAAGUAUUGAGGGGGGGCAUUCCAUUGACAGCAGCCUGCCAGCCCUGCGGAUGUUUUACCAACUUGGAGUCCGCUCCAUGGCUCUCACACAUACCUGCAAUACACCCUGGGCUGAAUCAUCCUCAAAACUUUAUAGUGUCUAUCAAAGACAGAAUAACAGCCUGACACACUUUGGGAAGGCUGUGGUGGAGGAGAUGAACAGACUGGGAAUGAUAGUGGACCUCUCCCACACUUCUUGGGAGACAUCCUUGGCUGUGCUGAACCAUUCCAAGGCUCCUGUUAUUUUUAGCCACUCAUCCUCUUACUCCAUCUGUAACCAUGGCCGUAACGUACCUGACUGGCUGCUGCUCGAGCUGAAAAAAAAGCGAGGGUUGAUCAUGGUGAAUCUCCACAGCAAAUUCAUUUCCUGCAGGGAUGAGGCCAACAUCUCCCAUGUGGCUGACCAUUUUGACCACAUUAAGAAAGUGAUUGGAGCUGAGUGGUUAGGAAUCGGAGGGGACUUUGAAGGUGCUGUGAGCUUUCCUAAGGGUUUAGAGGAUGUGUCAAAGUAUCCUGCCCUGAUCCAGGAACUCCUGCACAGGAACUGGACUGAGGGCGAGUUGGCUGAUGUCCUUCGAAGGAACUUCCUGCGAGUGUUCGAGGAGGUGGAGCAGGUCCGUAAUGAGUUAAAUUCAAUCCCGCCCAGUGAGGUCCAGAUCCCCAUGGAGGAAGUCCAGAACCCCUGCAGGCUGGUCCUUAGACCUCCUGACCCAAGAGGGCUGCCCUCUGACCAGGGUCCCUCCUCUGGACCACCAGGUCUCCUAAUCCUGGCUAUAGUUCUGCUGCCUUCCAGCGUAUUUCUGAUUGAAUGAAUAUUUUAAAAAUUCAGGUCAGCUGCACCUUCUUUUUUAAAGAGCCUAAUUUUUAUGAUAAAUUAGGAGAGCUUAAUGAGUUUUGCUGUAGCCGUCUGUAGGUCAGCCGAGCACUUCACAGGUCUGUAAAGAUAACCUAUAUAUACAUAUUAAAUAUACAGAUUACCAGUCUUCUAAAAGGCACUUUAUCAUUCAUUCUGGAAUGUUUGCAGUUUGUUUUUUGCUUGUGAAGGUAUUUUUUUUUAAAUUAUUAUUAUUAAUCUAGCAGGGACUUCUAUUACUGUGACGGCUGUAAGGGAGGUUAGUGCACUAGUGAGAGUGAAGGAAAACAGUCCAGUUAAGGUGCAGAUAAGUGUACAAUGUUGCAUAAUCAUAAUAUAAAUAUCACACAAAUUAUUUAUUGCUGUGAUAGUAUUGUGUGAAUGUCUUCAACAGAGUAGUACAGGGGGAGUAGUUAAUAAACAAAUGUUCCUUUUUAUUUGAUCGUACAGCAUAAUAAGAUAUUAUGGAAGAAUAUAAAA